AUGAUGGCGAAAGCUUCUCAAAAAUUAAAAGGGACUUCAGAUCCACUCGAACGACUUCGACUACAAUGUCUUUCUCGAGGAGCAAGUGGGAUCAAAGGUUUGGCCAGGAUGUUUAAGAUUAUCGACGAUGACUUGAACAGAAGAAUUGACUAUUCAGAGUUCAAGAAAGGCAUCCAUGACUACGGCCUCUCCCUAGAACAAGACCAAUUACAAGAUUUAUUCACCAGGUUUGAUAAAGACGGCAAUGGAGUUGUAGAUUUUGAUGAAUUUCUAACUUCUCUUCGGCCACCCAUGUCUCAGCACCGGAAGAACCUGAUAAUGAAAGCCUUCACUAAACUCGAUAGAACGCACGACGGCGUCAUUACCACAGAAGACCUGAAAGGAGUCUACAAUGUAAAGCAUCAUCCGAAAUUCCUUAACGGUGAAUUUAGUGAAGAUCAAUGUUUGCGGCUAUUUCUUGAUUCUUUUGACUCCGAUCAAAAAGACGGAGUGGUUACAAAAGAAGAAUUUUUGAAUUACUACAGUGGUGUAAGUGCUUCUAUAGACUCCGAUGCUUAUUUUGAUCUAAUGAUGCGGUCAGCGUGGAAACUGUAA